AACCAUUCUUGAGGAGGGGGGGGGGGGGGGGGAGUGUGAAAAUGCAUACAUAUGUAUAUAAGUUUUUUGUAUAUAAAUUUUAUAAAAAUUAUAUAUAAAUUUUUUAAUCUUAUUUUAUAAGAUUUAAAAUUUGCUUGUGACUUGUAUUGUAAUAUUUCUAUUUGAUACUAUAAUCUAAAUAAUUAAGUUCUCAUUAAUUAUGUACCUAACAAGCUUUUUAGAAUGUGACAUAACAUUUUUAUAUUUUAUUAUUCUUCAUCGUGGUGAUUGCUUCUAUCAGAGGAGGGGUCUUAUUUAUAUGUCAAAUUAUAUAGGUAAAUUCGUGUCAGGAAGAUUUUUCCGGAACAGUGCGGGGUAAAACCAUAACCUUAAACAAUGAUGGAUCGAGAGGAGGGAUGAUAGGGAUUAUGGUGAAUAUUCGAAUGUCACUAGUAAACAGCCAAUAGCAGUAAUCACAUUUUGUUUACAAUUACUGCUUCGUCUCAUUGAACAGACUAUACAAUAGUGUUUAAUAAUAUUGUUUACAAAUUUAUUUAACAAGAUUGACAAACUAUUGAAAUAUAAAAUAUGAAUACACAUAAUUAUUCAUAGUGCAGAAUUUAAAGAAGAGUAUACCACAUUUAAUUCAUAAAAACGAAUGAGAAAAAAUUGUAGUACUCAUAAAUGAUUAAGUAAAGAAAUGCCUAAUGAAAGUUAGAAGAUUAAACACUGGAACUACUAAAUAAAAUUCAAAUUAUAUUGAAAUUAUUAUUAAAAUUAUAUUGAAAUCAGUUUGUUUUUAGAAAUUUAGGAUAUAUAUAUACAUAUACAUAUAUAUAUAUAUAUAUAUAUAUAUAUAUAUAAAGAUGUUUCUUUGGGAUUUGAAGAAUUGGCCAAUUUUUAGUUUCUUAGACUCGAAUCAUGUUUCAAAAAUUCAUAUGGCACUUGUAUAUGGUGAUUUAGGUAAUGAAGCUUUAAUUAUAACAAGGGAUAAAAUAGUAUAUGCUCUAGGAAGUAACACUUCUGGGUGUCUUGGAACUGGGGAUGAUUGUAAUACUUUUUAUCCAAAGAAAGUCGAAGCAUUAUGUGGUAAGGAUAUAAAAACUUUUGCAUAUGGUAAAGGUCCACAUGUCUUGGCUCUUACCGAGGAAGGAAAGGUAUAUUCAUGGGGACAUAACAGUCACGGUGAACUAGGAAACUGUUUUGCCAAUAAUAUGAUUCCAAUGCCUGUAACAAGAAAUUUAUGUGAUGAAUUCAUUGUCGAUAUAGCUUGCGGGAGUCAUCACUCUCUUGCAUUAACAAACGAAGGAAAGGUGUAUGCAUGGGGUGAAAAUACAUCUGGCCAAGUAGGUAAAAGUGUUAACAUAAAUGAAAAUACCCCUAUGAAAGUGAAUUCCUCAUUAGCUGGCAAAACAGUCAUUUGUAUUAGCUGUGGUCAGUCAUCGAGCAUGACAGUUACAGAUACUGGAAAAGUUUAUGGUUGGGGUUGUAACGAUGUUGGUCAAUUAGGAAUUGGAAACUAUGUUAAUCAAGUGGAUCCCUGUAAAGUCACAAUGCUUGCUGGUGUUGUAAUUGAAAAAAUAGUUUGUGGUUAUGCACAUGUUUUGGCAUUGAGUAACAAAGGAGCAUUGUAUGUCUGGGGCGGAAAUAAUUAUGGACAGUUAGGGCUUGGCAUGAAGAUGAAUAUCUGUAGCCCAGUACAGUUGAAACAAGAAGUGAUGAGAAGAGUAUUGGAUGUAGCAACUUCACAUUACAAUCACAUAAGCAUAGCUAUGGCAGAAGGUAAUCGGAUAUUUAUGUGGGGCGAGUGUUUGGGACAAAGUAUCACAUUUCCGGUACUCACUACUUUAGGAUCCUUACAUGACGUUUUCGCGCGUUAUGCAUCACCUAGAGUUAUGCAUCAACCACUUGUUCUUCAUGACGAAGAACCAGACGUGAAUUUAAUAGAUUGUUUCAGAGAAGCAUUUAACGAUCAGGCUACGAGUGAUCUCGUGAUACAAGUACGAAAAAAAUUUAUUUAUGUGCACAAAGCUAUUUUAGUAAUACGUUCUCAAUACUUCCGAACGAUGUUUCAAGAAACAUUGACCGCAAAUAAUCAGAGUGUUAUAAAACAACAAAAAUUUUCUUACGAUGUAUACAAAGCUUUUUUGAAGUAUUUGUAUACUGACGAAAUCGAUUUACCUCUGGAAAGUAUGCUAGAACUUUUGAAACUGGCGGUUGCUCAUUCGGAAAAUCAACUGAAAAAACGCUGCAUACAAAUAAUAAGGAGAGGAAUUACAGUUGAAAACGCUGCUUUUUGCUACAGUAUAGCUAUUGAGUACAAUGCUAAGGAAUCGGAGGAAUACUGUUUCAAAUUUGCGCUAAACCACAUGACUGCCGUAGUACAAACAGCAAGUUUUGCUAGAUUAGAUGAAAAUACGAUGAAAACUUUCAUAAUUAAAGCUGCUCAAGCUGGUGCUUUUAAAACAUAGUUUGUAAUAUAUUAUAUUAUUGUAUAAUAAAUAUUAUACAACGUUUAACUGUUUCAUGCUAGAAAAAUUUGUUAAAUACUGUACCUAAUACACAUUACUUGCGAUGAUAAGAUGAUUGCAACAUGGGAUAUCAUUCAGAUUUUUCAUUGUAGUAUAUUAUUUGUACAUAGAAUCUGAAAUAAACGUUUAUUAUUUACGUCAA